GCGGGCUGGACCUGCGGGUACCCCCGCGCAUCCACACGCACGCUCCGGCUGCUCCCCACCUUGCCCUCCACCUCUCCGGGAAGAUCCAGCAGACGGAUCAAAGCUCAUCUCUUUUUUUUUUUUUUUUUUUUGCCAUAGAAAGGAUUAACUCCCCGGGGAGCAGCGGCGGAGACUGAGCCACGCAUCGCCUGCUUCGCGGCGCACUUAGGAGUUGUGGAGCCAAGCUCUCGGCAGAUAAUCCCUCUCCGUGCUGGAGCCGGGGCGGCUGGGGAGAGCGAGCAGGGCUGCGGGGUGAAGGGACAGGAGGGGAAGAGGACGGGGAGGAGUGUGCACACACACAAACACACACACACACACGCAGGCGUGCCCGCACUCCCCGCAGACGGCGAGCAGCGGCACCGCAUCGGGGGCUGCGUGCGGAGAGCUCCGUAGGGCGCUGAAUAAAACAGGCUGGAGCAUCAGGCGAGGGGAUCUGUUGGCUUGGAAAAGUCUUUAAGGAAUCGAUCGGGAGAUGCCGGCAAAAGAAGUUGCUGAGAGCCGGGCUGUGGAAGGGUCGGGAGCUGCGCGCCGCCGGCCCCGUCACACACCGGGAGCAGCUGAACUUUGUGGGGUUUGAAUAUAUGUUUCUGUUCCGAGAACGCUUCGGGCAGCGUUAACGGGAGAGUCACAGCGCGGCACCGCACACCUUGCCUGACCGAGCCUGGGGAACAGCAAAGGGGGGAAUUUCUGUCUCUCCAAGGACCAUCGCCUGUGAAGAAGAAAAAAGAAAAAAAAAAAAAGGCUGGAGAAGGGCAAUUUAUCUUUCUUUUCCAGAUGACUGAAAAUACCUACAGGAUCCUGUCUCUCCGGUUUUCAUCAGUGGGUAGCAUCGGGGAGAGGCGGCUGAGGAACAAAAAUGAUAUCAGUCAAAAUCAUUCCGGCAUCUACUUUUUCCUAAGGAACUUCAUGCCCAUAGGGGUUUUCUAUGGGCAUUUCCAGGAGUGAGACCGAGGUGCCACAGAUGCAUCCUUACCGGAUCAUGUAAGAAUUUUCAAAUGAAAAAUGUACCCCGUCAAGACCUUCUCUGCCCGGUUUGCAGUACAUGGUUUGGUGUAAGUACAGCAAUUCUCGCCUCUUUCUCUCCUUUUUAAGUCUCUUGAGCUUGGAGAUCUCUUUCCUCAUUGCAAUUAUGAUUAUUUGCAACAUCAGUGCCAUCAAAGAUUGGAGCACUUUCCUCUCCCAGAUCCUCCCCAGCGUUAACAAGACUCUGAACUUGGUACAGCAAGUGGAAGCCACCACCAGCUCGGUGGUAAGUGUCCUCCAGGACCCUGAGCAGGACAACUACCUGUCCAAUAGCCAGUCCAUGAACUCCAGCAACUUCACAGCUGGCCUGGACCACUUGUUCCAGUACUCAUACUCGGACAAUGAUCAGCUCUACAAGGAGUACAAACCCCCUCCUCGAGAUGCCAUUCCUCUGCCCAAGGCUGUCCUCUACCUUCUCAUGGCAGCCCUGGUGGUGGUGGCAGUGGCGUAUGCCAUCGUCGGGCAUCUCAUCAAAGACCUCAUUUACGACUUUGUAGACUGGAUCUUUGGCCCCAACCCGGAUGACAACAGCAACAAGAGCGACAUCAACUGCAUCAGCAACAGCGUCAACGAGAUGAGCGAGAUGCCCGAGGCGCCGCGGCACCGGGACCGGCAGUCCCAGGACGUGGUCAUUGCCAUCAGCGAGACUUGCCACUUGCCGCAGCAGACGUGACCAGCGCCAUGUCCGGGCCGGGCAGGAUGGAGCAGAGGGAUGGAGCAGCAGGAUGGAGAGCAGGAAUGGAGCAGAGGGAUAGAGCAGAGGGAUGCAGCAGUGGAACAGUGCAGCAGCCACCUUGCAGGACCGGGCAGUGAGAGGAAGGGAUGGGCAGAGCCGGCGCAGUGGAGCAAAGCCCUCUCCCCCUGGCUUUGCCUCUUAAGGACCUUGCUGGGGGUGGGUGGCAUUGCCCCUUCUCCCAGGCUUGUCAGCCCUGUCCUGACAUCUGCCCGUGGGUUUGUGACCCCUUCUUUGUGUCCUGUGAAUAGCAAAAAAGAAAAAGCAAAUGCAAAAUACACCCACCAAGCAAAGCUUGCAAGACAAAUGAGCUGGAGAGAGGCCGGGCGGUCCUUUGGCGUGGGGCUGUCCAGCGGCAUGGAAAUGGGGUGGUGGAAAGGGCAAAGGAGACAAAAGAAGGCAGCAGAGAAAUGGGGGUACCUGUGUUUCUGGGGACAGGCCCAGGGCACAGCAGGGAGCUGGGGGCUGCAGAAAGGCAGAGAAAGUUCAGUAGGGGCCAAAUCCAGAACUGUACUUUGGUGACCUGCCUGGGCCAUCAUUCCUCCCCUUAGUUUUGCAGUUCCAGCUCACAGCCCAUUUCAGCAGGGGCGUCAUUCCUUGGUCCCAGUGCCUCUUCCUGAUGAAGAUCCCUUUGCUCUCCACAUCUUUCCUGAACUUAAAAAAAAAAAAGGUUAUACUGAUGGCCCGCAGACCUGACCUUGAGAAAAGGCAAUGGUCCAGACUUCCGCCUCUGCACUCAGGGAGACAAGCCCUGCCUUUCUCAGCCUGCAGUACCCAGCACACCAUGAAUAGCAGGGGCUAGAACAGCAAUUUUCUCCUUCUGAAAGGGGUUUAGGAAAAUGGAUGCGGUUUCAACCUCCUGCUCCAAUGGCUUUAAUGAGAGCCAUUACCAGCAGUCCCACGCUGGGGCUUUGUCGGCUUUGCAGGAUGUUACCACAAACCUCCCCCCAGUAAUUAACCAUUUCCAAUCAGACACAGCGUUGCUGCCACCACCAUUUUCCUCCAUUAUUUUGGCCCUGGGUUUGUAGCGUGGC